CGACAUAAAGUAAAAAGCUUUUUGGCGAGAAACAGCGCCCCCUACCGCGCUCAACUAAUAGCUCGACCGAUCCUAUCAGAAAAUACUUGCAAUACCAAAGCGGAGAAAAAACAGGAAAUGCUCCAAACGGUCGCGGUGCUGUCUCCAGUUAUAUUCAAAGCCACUCGGGUGGAGUAGAAGUCCACAUUGUACCCGUGUCCGGUUCCCCUUCGCCGAGCCGUGGGUCAGCCUGUGGUUUCUUGCAGCGGAGCCGUUUUUUCCAGUGUGGCCGCUCGCCCCAGUGUGUCGCCGGGACGCGGGACGCGGGUCUGGGCUGGAAUUCAGGGCGUGCUGCACGUUGAACUUUGAAAGUAAUUAUUUGCCAAACAGCUCCGGGGAGUGUCCAAAGGUUCUGCACCGUCGUCUUCUCAACCGUCCUGCCGAAACACCGUCUGCAAGAUGGCUUCUGCCUGGGAAAGUGUCUUGUCUGUGCACCAGAGGAUAGUGGACAACGGAGACAAGAGGACGGACGCGUGGGUGCUGGUCUACUCCCCUGUCCCGGUGUCACUCAUCUUCCUGGUUUACCUCUGUGUGGUCUGGGCUGGCCCUCGUCUGAUGAAACACAGGGAACCCGUUGACCUCAAAGUAGUUCUCAUUGUUUACAACUUCGCCAUGGUCGGCCUGUCUGCCUACAUGUUUUAUGAGUUCCUGGUCACUUCAUGGCUCUCCAACUACAGCUACCUCUGUCAGCCUGUAGAUUACAGCACCAGCCCGCUGGCAAUGAGGAUGGCCAGAGUCUGCUGGUGGUUUUUCUUCUCCAAGAUCAUAGAGCUCUGUGACACGCUCUUCUUCAUCCUGAGGAAGAAGAACUGUCAGCUGACUUUCCUUCAUGUCUACCACCACGGCACCAUGAUCUUCAACUGGUGGGCCGGAAUCAAGUACGUGGCGGGAGGACAGUCGUUCUUCAUCGGCCUGGUCAACACCUUUGUUCACAUAGUGAUGUACUCUUACUACGGCCUGGCUGCGAUUGGCCCCCACAUGCAGAAGUACCUGUGGUGGAAACGAUACAUCACGUCUCUGCAGCUGCUGCAGUUUUUCAUGUUCCUCCUGCACACGGGCUACAACCUGUUCACAGAGUGCGACUUCCCCGACACCAUGAACAUGGUGGUGUUUGGAUACUGUAUCACCCUCAUCAUCCUCUUCAGUAACUUCUAUUAUCAGAGCUACCUCAACAAGAAGAAGCAGAAAUAAGACGCGGCGGUGAGGGAGUGCCACACAAUCAGACACACCGGUGCUUUAAGGAGGGGAGCUGACGCGAAAGUAUUUUGUACAGUGAAUAAAAAGUGUUCUGUGUCUGCAAUACUCACCAGUGUCCACUAGAGGGCACAACCUGACUACAGUGUGAAGGUUUUUUUCUCAUGGUGCUCAUCAACUGUCUGUUAAACUCUACAGUCAAAAUUGAACACUGUAUAUUUUACAGACAUAUAGAUCUAAUGUUAACAAUUUAAGACCUCUGCAUUAUUUUUGAUUGUUAAAAAAAACCAUUGAGUGAUCAUUCAAUUAUUUAUUUCUUGAGUUGAGAAAUGACAAACAUUCAAAUGAUUGUUGUAAACAAACUGUACAUUUUAUACAUAUAAUAAUAAAGUAGGUUGGUUUCUCUGCAUUAUUGCAGAAUUAAUGAGCCCAAACCCUCCUCAGGAAAUAAAUCCAAAAGCACAAAAAAAAAAAAAAGAAACACUUAACAAAAUGCAGAAAGGCAAUUUUUUUUUCCACUGCUUAACAAACACGGCAAAAUGAUAUAUUCUUUUCUACACUUCAGUCUAAAACAGAUUGAAAGAUGUAGAUUAGAGAGAAAAAAAAAACAUGAGAGGAGGGAGAGGACAUUUCAUUUGAAGUCCAUUCAGGAGUGUUGUAGUGUCUGAAGUUUAUACAUUAAAGCCUAAAACACUGCAUGUGUAAGCUCAGUCUGUCUUGUACCGUAAAUGUGCAAGUCUUAGCACCAAUGUAACCAACUCAAAUUCUCUGUACAUGACGAGUUCUUGGCCAAUAAACCUGACUCAGAAUAUAAGAAGGAAAAGCUAAUGUCGCUUAUGGACAUCGACUGGAAGAUGUUUUA